GGUUACUUGUAGGAUUUGGACCCCACCAUUAUAGCUACUGCCAUAGUACAGUAACACCUUGCACAUUUCAUACUGUAAGAUUAGACUAAAGCAAUAUAAAACUGCAAUCAACUGAUUUCCAAUUAUAUAUAUUUGUUUAUUAUUCUCACUUCUUAUUCAUCAUCUCCUGUUCGUUCUUAUCUGCAGAAACAAGAAGGAUCUACCGCGGUAGAAAUGUUGUUCCAGAAGCUGUUAUAUGGGCGGCCCUUGUGGCUUGCAAGCUGCAUCUUGACACCUUGGAACACAGAGCCAAUGAUCGCUUAACCAAAGCCAAGGUGGCUGCUCAUUGGAAAAUACUCCUUCGUGACUACUAUCAGGUCAUGCAUCACGGAGCACACAUACAAAAUUCUCAGAAGUAUGUGGAACAGUGCCGCCGUAUGUUACAAAGGCUGGAGCCACUGAUGCCACAGCUCAAUAUAGACGGAGAAAAAAACAUAUGGAUAUUAAAACCAGGAUAUCUAUCUAGAGGCAGAGGCAUACAUUGCAGAAAUCGCCUGGACAGGAUACUUCGGGUAGCGGAACCUGGUUUCGAAUGGGUGGCACAAAAGUACAUUGAGAGGCCACUUCUUGUAUACGGAACCAAAAUCGAUCUCCGUCAGCAUUUCCUUAUAACGGACUGGAACCCCUUAACCAUCUGGUUCUACAAGGACAGUUUCAUCCGUUUCUCGUCACAGCCCUUCACGGUGGAGUGUUUAGACCGCUCCAUCCAUGUGUGCAAUAACGCUAUACAGAGACAUCUAAAGAAUGCAUCAUAUCGGAACCCUCACCUGCCUGAAGAAAACAUGUGGCACAGUGAUGAAUUCCAGUAUUACCUUCGCUCUAUCGGAAAAGAGCAUGUCUGGGAUUCAAUCAUCAUACCAGGGAUGAAGAAAGCUCUUAUCCAUGCUGUGCAGGUUGCCCAGGAUACAAUACGCCCCAGAAAAAACAGCUUCGACCUUUAUGGGGCAGAUUUUAUGUUUGAUGAAAACUUCCAGCCUUGGUUACUGGAGAUCAAUUUUAAACCUGAUAUAAUUAAAGACACGUCCGUGAUGAACGUUCUUAUUCCGCCCAUGAUAGAGAGCUUGCUAUGUGUCUUGAUUGACCGCAAGACUGACCCUGACUGCGACGUGGGAGGAUUUGAGCUUAUAUAUAAACAGUCCCUAAAUAAACAAGGAAAAAGGUGAAAGCGAAGAGAGUCCUAAUUAAAAAGCCUUUGUGAUGGGCAAGCCAAUCAGGACAACGCAGGGCAUCUAAUAAGCUGAUUAUACAAUUACUGCAAAGGGGAGCACCACUACGAUGUCAAAGCCUAAAGGUAAUCAAAGAAGGCUGAAUAUACUGGAAAAUACGUGAUUUGCUUAUUGACAAUGAAGAAACACUGGAUUGGUGGGUGCUUAUCCCUGCCUACGGUUUCGGAGGUGGACUAGGACAGAGGACUAGUGAGGAGCAAAAAUCGACUACCUAGGGUGUUGGAGGUGGGACCAGGACAGAGGACUAGUGAGGAGCAAAAAUCGACUACCUAGGGUGUUGGAGGUGGGACCAGGACAGAGGACUUAGUGAGGAGCAAUAAUCGACUACCUAGGGUGUUGGAGGUGGGACCAGGACAGAGGACUAGUGAGGAGCAAAGAAAAAGACAUUCCAGGAACUUUUUUUUUUCUCAUGCCAGGUCCUUAAACCAUUCCAGCACUGGACAUGGGAUACCUGGGGCCAAUAUUAGGGAAUUUUGUCAGUACUAGGUCGGCCAGUUUGACCCUGUGCCUUUCCCUAUGAUCCCCAUUGUUUUGUAAUUGUUAUAUUUAAAUAAAGAUGAUAUGAAAUG